AUGUUUUCCUUUGCGCCUCUGGCCACGCAAGAAGAGGUCCAGGGUGUCUGCGACAGGAUGCUUGCCUUGAAGGACAGGUGCCUGCACCCACAAACGAACAAGCCUUAUGUCAAGAGUGGCAUUGGCGGCAAGGACAACAGUCCCGAGGGUUUACAGGAUGGCAUCUCGCACAUCUUCGUCAGCGAGUUUGAGAGCGAGGAGGACAGGAAAUACUACUUGGAAAAAGACCCUGAGCAUCUAGCAUUCGUGGAGAGCAUCAAGGGUAUUGUCUCCAAGGGUCAGGUUGUCGAUUUCUGCCCCGGUGUUUUCUGA